AUGCUGUCAUCCGGAGUAGAGACUCAGCCUGUUCCACUUGAUUCCUCCAUGUCUGCCGUGGUACAGGAAUUAUACUCUGAACUCCCAGUGAGUGUCUCCAAAGAGCUUCAUGCUGACUCUGAGCCAAGUGGGACUCCAGAUGUAAAACCCAGAGCCUCAAGGGCUCUUGUAAGUCAGAGUAGGACAUUGCCCUUGGAACAGCGGAGGACUCCUGUGGAGAGGUGUUGUGAAGACAGCUCUGAGCCCUUGGAUGAUGGGGGUGAGCCUGGGCGGUGUGGGCUGGUGAACUCCACAGCAGGAGGCUCUGUGGCUUCUGGGAUCUUGGAUAGGGAAGAGAAAACCAAGAGCAUGGAGCUAAAGGUCUGCAGAGAUGGAGGGGACCAGGAAGAAAUUGUAAGAGACCCCUGGGAGGGAGCAAAGGAAGACCCAAGUCAACAGUCCACAGCUGCUGAAGAAAAGAUCAGCCCAAGUCAGGAGGAGCCCCUGGUGCAAUCAAGGAAAGUGUUAUGUGCUGACCUCCCUGAAGACUUUCUAAGGAGCGAAGGAAAUGUACAGAUUAUAACUGAAACUCUUCUAAAAUCCAUGGAACAAGUACAAGGUAUGAAGGUCAAUGAGACUAAGACAGAUAAUAAUGAAGGAUGCAGGCACGGCAAUGUGAGUAAAGGUCUCUCAGCUGGGUGCAGCAGAUACCCAGAAGUAGACAAAAUCAUGACCAGUGGUAAGGUUUCAGAAACCAGUACAUUACCGUUCCUAGAUCCUUUAACUUUUGUGGACCCUGGAUUAACAGAAGGAACUUCUAAAGAAAAAGAAUGUGAAAGAUUAAAACCUUCUCCUUCUUCAUUGUCAUUAUUACCAGGGAACAGUGCCAUUUCCAAAGUGGACAAUGAGAAGGAAGAGUUGUACAAAUUAAACCUUGUCUGUGAAGCAGAUGACAAUCACCAACAGAUUCUUGGCCCCGAAAAUGAAAACCACAAUUCUGCACAUGACAGCCCUGUGGCCAUGGGAAGUGAAGUUGUAGUACCCUUGAAAAAAAAGUCUAAAGUUUCCAAUUUCACAUCCAGCUUGUCUGAUCGAGAAGCCAGGACAACAUCUCUAGAAGAAUGUGGCUUGGAAGGUGAUGGCUUAAUGAAGGGGUCUGUGACAAAGACAGACACUUCCUAUUUUGAUCAGGAUGAUCACAGCAAGAACUUGGCUUCCAGAGAGGAACAUGAAAAACAGCAUUGGAGCCCUAAGAAUGAAAUGGGGCUAUGUUCUCUAAUUAAUCCUGGGCAAUCAGAAGAGGUUGCUAGUGGUCAUCGUUCUGGCUGUUCUGAUGAAAAAGAGACUCUUGACUCCCCAAAAGAACAUACCCACGAUAACUCUUACAUUCGUGGAAGUAUCCAUAAAGAGAGCUCCAAUUGUUUAGUGCCCAGUUCUUUUACUGAAGCUACAGAAGUAACGUUAAAAGAAAAUGACUUGAGAAUUGCUUCAGACAUUCAAGGAAACUUGACAAGCCAAGAAGAUCAUAGGAAAACUUCUGCUAAUAUUAGCCAUCCAGGCAGACACUAUGAAAAAAGCAAUUUUUCGUCACUGGUGCAGAUUGGAGAGUCAAAACAGGCAACUAGUAUAAAUUCUGAUAUGUUAAAUGAAAUGAUCUACAGUAAAGAUGCAAACUCCAUAGUCAACAUUCAGCGGAAUCUGGAAGGUAACAUUCAAUUAAAUGAAACAUUGUUUAAUAAGGUUUUGUUUAAAAGACAAUCCUUUGUGAGUAAAAUGCAAGAGGACCAAAUAAGCCCUACAAAUGAGGUAUCAAAAUCCAAAAAUGAUACUAUUCAUUUACCACCACACCCAGAAUUCCAUUACAAAUCUGGGUCAGAAAAAACUAUACAGACUUCACAUGAUGAUAAUCCACAUUUAGAUGGACAGAGCAUUGCUUGUGAGGUGAAUGAACUUUCAUGUACUGAUGAACUAGUUGUAAACAGAGUAGAAAGUGAAUGUGUAUUAAAUCAACAAGUGUCCCUUAAUUCUCAAGACCAGGUGAAGUUGCCAGCUGACUCCCUACUAAAUAUAAACAAAGAGUUACCUAGAUCGGCAAGUGAGGCUUUUCAUGAGAACCAUCACUCUCCAGUAAAGGACAGAGCAGACAUCAUCUCUGAUAACCAAACCAUUCCUGUUAAAACUAGAAUGAAAGAUAUCUCUCCUCCAGGUGACAAAAUCUGUGGUGCCUCUUCAAAUAAUUCCAUCUUAAGCAUCAAACCAAGAAGCCUAGGAGAAAAAAAAGGAAAAACUAAUUCAGGAACAGAUGAUCUACAUUCCAGGUUCCUCUCAAGUACGAAUGAAGUCGCUGGCUUUCCUCAGAAGGUCUCUGUCACAGAAUGUAAAAAUGUUCAACCUCGGGAUAAAGCUAGCAGCCAUUGUGUAAGUAAAAAUGCAGCAGAAGAGGGCAGGUGUUCUUCCACUUGUGCUACUUUUGAGUCCAGCAAAAUCAUCCUGAAAGUUGACAAUUCUUUGAUAACAGAAUGUAAAAAUGCACAUCAGCACGGUGAUUGCCACUCCCAAGGAACAGAAACUUCCUUGGAAAGGAGUGCCCAUAAAGUGGAAAGGGAACUUGAUGGGAGAGAAUCUCAAGAAGGGAUCAGAAAGGAAAUGACAGUAGGCACAUUAGAUAGUGGAGGCCCAAAUGAAACCAUUUGUAACACCAGUCACAUCAUACCCAGUGAGGAAGGGCUUGAAGAAAAGGGACAGAAUUUACCCAAAGAGACUGUAGUUUCUAAAUAUAACAUCUCUGAUUGUGCUACACAAAGACUAAACCAAUCUAUAAACAUUCCAAGUCCUGAAAAAGUGUUGGACCAAUCCCCUAAUGUCCUGUUCUCCAGUUUUAAAAGCAUAAACCGAGCAGAAGAAACUCAGCAUCAGAAGGCAGAUGAAGACCUUGACGGCCAGAGUAACCAAAACAGACCAGAUGACUGGAGAAGGAAAGAUAAACCAGCCAAGGCUACACAAGAUAGUGAGCAGAGAGAGUCUGUCACAGAGUCUAACAGAGACAUAAGCCUCAACCAAAAGGAUCUGAUGGCCGGUUCAGGCAAUAACAACCCUCCUUCUUGUGAUAGUCCAAAGAAAGGCAACUUUAAUGGAAACUUUGAAAAUAUUCUUGGUUAUAAAGACUCCACAAAUAGCACAGUGGACACACCUGCCUACACAGACUGUAGUAAUGAGCCAGCCGAAAGAAAGGCAUGUCUUGCACUUGAUAGCAGUGGAAGGCCUAAUCAACCCGUAUUAUGUGAAAUCUCCAGGAGUGCCCUAUCUCCAAGAGGAGAACUCAAUGCUGCAUUUGUAAGAACAAUUGACCAGGACUCCGAUUCCCCCAGUGCUACUUCCUCUACAGUAGAAUCUCUUGAAAUAAUAAAAUCAUGUGAAGAGAAAACAUGCAGAUCUAAAGACAGUGAAAUGAAAUUGUAUACAGACUCUUGUGUUCAUGAGAUAAACUCUGUUGCAGAUCAUGAACCAAAUAUAAAAGUAUUGCAUAAAGUAAAAAUGUCUUCAAAUUGUGUUCUUCGUGAACAGAGAGUUAAAGAACUACAAGUAGUGGAUAAAGGAUCUAAAUUAGAAAUGAAUUCUGAGUUUGACAAGGAGAAUUCCUUUGGAAUUUCUUCCAAAAAGUUGAUGUCUUCUAGAUAUCAAAGUGAGAACUCUGCUCCCCUAGGGAAGCUACGCUCCACUGAUAGAUUGUCAUCCUACUCGUCUUCUCAAGAAAAUCCUGAAAGUAAUCAUAAUUAUCUGAGUGGAGAAGCUGACCCAAACAAUCCUUUUAAACCAAAAGAUGGUGACAUAUUUUGUGACUACACAGUACUACCUGAGAUGAAGAAAGGCGCUCCAAGGGUUAUGAAUUGUCCAAGAGGAGCCAGUAUGUACAUCAGUGUAAAAAAGGAUAUGUCACAAGUUUGUCAUCCUGAUGAUCAACACUUGUCUUUAACUUUGGAAACAGAAGCUAACGUGAAAAGAGAAGAAAUUGAAGAACAGCGGGAACCAACGGGCCAUUUUACUGUUGCGGAGGAAUCUGAAAAGAUGUUGACCAGAGAAGAUGUUGAUGUUGAUAAUAAGAACAAGAUUUCUCAGACCCACUUUAAAUGCAACAAAAUGCUUGGUGAUGCUGAAGAAGAAGGCAGCCAGAGAAUUUUGGACAACCUGUUGCAGAAGGAAGAGGAACAUGCCCAUAAAAAAGGAGUACAUGCUAUAUUGGAACAAUGCACAUCAUCUAAUAUGAUGUCUGAUGAGGUGCAAAAUACAAACCUGCAUAAGGAUUGCAAAGCUGAGUCUACUGUGAUGAAGGAAAUCCCCCUAGCAAAGCUGACUAGGGGCAACAUUGCUGUAUUGUCUCAGAAGUUGAAAGACCCAAAGGUGGCAAGCUUGUAUCAUCCUUUGGAGAGGGUCAUCGAAUUGUCUGCAGGCCUUUGCCUUCCCAGUGCCUCCCAGAAAGCACAAGAUCUCCACUCCACUGGGUGUGAUGCUAUACAUGGUGCCUUUAGGAACACGUCACAUCAGAAAGGGUUACUUCCCUUAAAGAAGCAACCCCACCGAACAUGUAAAAGAACUUGUCAGGAUCGAGUAAAGGUGGGAAGGAAAAUAAGUAAAACUAGAAGUUCUGCCUUUUUAAAGAGUUCCUCAGAAACCAUCCCUGCAAAAGAACCCAGACUUCUCAGUUCAUGUGCUGUAUCUGUCCCUGUACAACUGGAAUCUGGAACAGUAAUGCCUAGGAGCUUAACUAGCCACAUACCAAAGCAGAGGGCUACUCCAUGUUAUCUCUUGAGGAGCCUGAACUUCAGGAAGCCUACCAAAGAAUCAGCCUUACUAAGCAAGCUGUCCAUCCUCGCCCAUAAACUAGCCCCAGCCACAAAGACCCAGAAAGUGAGAUAUUGGCGCUGUUCCUCUGAACUGCUUCCAGUGGCUAAAAGCUAUAAGCGACUCAGAUAUAAAAGGUUCUUGGAUGGAUUUUCAUAUAAUACAAUGCAGUUGAAUCCAUAUUUGGCAGCUAGUAGAUGGGAUAAGAAGCCUAACAGUAAGCCUGUGGCACUUUAUUCGCUUGAAACCUUCAAAACAAGCUUCAUGGAUCUGAGCAACAAGAUGCUGUCCCUGCUGUUUGGUACUCAAGUCCUCCCAGUCUACUUUCACGUGAACUCAGGUUCUGAUUGCAUGACUGAGGCCUCCAGGACUUUCCCUGAGCACUGUGCUCCAGCAAGGCUUGCCUUAGGAGAGGCCUCCAGGUACCCAUCCCAACCUCCCAAGUGGACCUUUUCUUUCUUCUUCUCACACCGUGGUUCUGGAAUGGCCACAUUCAGGGAAGACACUGGCCACCAGAGCCAGGCCCACUCCCAGGUUCCUCUAGCUCCUCUCCAUGACUCUGGUGGCACUGCCAUAGUCCAGACCAGAACAGGUUUCUCUGUCUUAGGCCUUCAUACGCUGCUAGCACUUUGUUCCCCUGGAUGUUACCGGAUUUGGACAAAAAAACGGAGCUUCUCCAACCACAUGCCUACUGUACAGAGGCUCUUCAUGACCCAGUUUACACAAGGCUUGAAAGGGUUAAGGUCUCCAGCCUCCAUCUCAGACAAAGUCUUCUGUUCUCUGCCCUACUCAGUGGGCAGGGUACUGUCCAUUUGGAGCCAGCAUGGGCCUUCUGCCUGCCCCCUCGAAAUCUCUGCUCUUCAUUCCAAUCACAGCAAGUUGCAGCCAAGCCUGGGCACCACCAGCAGCCACACCAUGUUACCAUAUGUGCCUCUUCCAGACGUGGAAGCUGCAUGUAGCACCAGAGGCAGUCAGAUGAGGCCAGAGCAUCCCUUCUCUGCCUUGGUACCAAAGUCUUGUUUGGUAACAGAAACAGCUGUCAGCAAGCUCCUGCUUUCCACCUCUGAGUUCCAGGUUCCUGGGUUUGAUGAGCUGGAUGGCUUGACAACAGUGUGCCCCCGACCACAGAGCAGCCCUCCAGACCAGAAAGAGGCUGAGCCAGAGAAGAGGCCAAAGAAAGUCUCACAGAUUCGCAUCCGGAAAACCAUUCCUAAGCCAGACCCUAACCUCACCCCCAUGGGCCUCCCUCGACCCAAAAGGUUAAAGAAGAAGGAGUUCAGUUUAGAGGAAAUAUAUACGAACAAGAAUUAUAAGUCCCCACCUGCUAACAGGUGUUUAGAAACCAUCUUUGAGGAACCUAAGGAACGAAAUGGUACGCUUAUCUCUAUCAGUCAGCAGAAGAGAAAGCGAGUUCUAGAAUUUCAAGAUUUCACUGUCCCACGAAAGAGAAGAGUUCGUGGUAAAGUCAAGAUGGCAGGCAGCUUUACCAGGGCCCAGAAGGCGGCUCUCCAAAGUCGAGAGCUGGAUGCGCUUUUGAUACAGAAACUAAUGGAACUGGAGACCUUCUUUGCCAAGGAAGAGGAACAGGAGCAAUCAUCAGGUUGCUGA